AGCACAGCCCGGCUUGGGUGAGGUGUCUCGGUCUUCUCUCCCGGCGGCGGGUGUGUGUAGAGAGCGUGGUUCACUGGGGUAGCUGCUCCCUCCCGGACGCCGGUGUGGGUGAGGCGGGUUAGGCCCCAGGGGGAGGCGGUCUCUCCUGUCUCUCCUCCUCCCUGUGUCCGGGCGGUACGAGCCGCAUCUCCCUCACUCUGCAUCAGCCGUUCAGCCUCCCUCACCCCGUCUCACAGAUUGCCGCCUCCCCAGGACAUGGGCCCGGAGCCAUGCUCGGCCUCCCCCAGCGGUGAUCUCCUCCGAGCAGGAGCCCUUUGUCAGUGACUCGAGUCCUGGCCCCCGCUUACCCACAUCCCGGAGCAUGGAGCACUCCACUAGCCGGCCCAGCGCCGACAUCCUCCGCAAGAACCCUCAGCAGGACUUCGAGCUAAUCCAGAGGGUCGGCAGCGGCACCUAUGGGGAUGUAUAUAAGGCUAGGAACCUCCAGUCGGGAGAACUGGCUGCAGUGAAGAUUAUAAAACUUGAACCUGGUGAUGACUUUUCCCUGAUACAACAAGAAAUCUUCAUGGUGAAGGAGUGUAAACACACCAAUAUUGUGGCUUAUUUCGGCAGCUAUCUCUGCCGGGAGAAGUUAUGGAUCUGUAUGGAGUAUUGCGGUGGGGGAUCUCUCCAGGAUAUAUAUCAUGUAACUGGUCCACUCUCAGAAAACCAAAUCUCCUAUAUGUGUCGGGAGACCUUACAGGGUCUGGCAUAUUUGCACAUUAAGGGGAAAAUGCAUAGAGACAUUAAGGGUGCCAACAUACUUCUAACAGACAAUGGAGAUGUCAAACUAGCGGAUUUUGGGGUGGCAGCAAAAAUAACAGCAACAAUCGCCAAAAGGAAAUCUUUUAUUGGAACACCAUACUGGAUGGCCCCGGAAGUUGCAGCUGUGGAAAAGAACGGAGGGUACAACCAGCUGUGCGACAUCUGGGCUGUCGGCAUCACUGCGAUAGAAUUGGGGGAGCUGCAGCCGCCGUUGUUUGAUCUUCACCCCAUGAGAGCCUUGUUCUUAAUGUCUAAGAGCAAUUUCCAGCCUCCUAAGCUGAAGGAGAAGCUGAAAUGGACCCCAGUGUUUCAUAACUUUGUCAAAGUUGCUCUCACCAAAAACCCAAAGAAACGACCAACUGCGGAGCGACUGCUGACUCAUACGUUUGUGGCGCAAGGUGGUCUUUCCAGAUUACUGGCACUGGAGCUUUUGGAUAAGGUGAACAACCCAGACCACCAUCACCAUUAUAUCGAGCCUGACGAUGACGACCUUGAGCACAUCCCUGCAGUGCGACAUACCAUUCGCUCUACAAACAAAGGCGUGAGAGCGGAGAGGACCGCGUCUGAGCUCAACUUUGACAAGCUGCAGUUCGAGCCUCCCCUCAGGAAAGAGACAGAAGCCAAUGAAAUGGGCAGCAGCCGGGACAUCGAAUUUUCUCAUAACUGGAAUCCGUUUUCCAAUGGAGCGAACAAUGACUCUACAAUAAAACGUGCUAUUCCCCCACCACUACCUCCCAAGCCAGCGAGAAUGAACAGCUGCCCAGAGGAAAACCUGGCCGACGACGAGAGAGCCAACACAAUUAAGCACCACCCGGAUAACCAAGCUCCACAGAUCCACCGGAGGCAAAGCUCCCCAGGUAAUGGGGAUGGUCCUAUGAGACUGAACAGUCCAGUUGGAGAAGGCUCUAAGCCACAGCUGCCGCAGAAGAAGGAGAAGAAAGAUUUUCCAAAACCUACAAUCAAUGGAUUGCCACCCACACCCAAAGUCCUGAUGGGAGCCUGUUUUUCCAAAGUGUUUGAUGGCUGUCCUUUGAAGAUCAAUUGUGCCACAUCUUGGAUACAUCCAGAUACCAAAGACCAGUACAUCAUCUUUGGCACCGAGGAUGGAAUUUACACCUUGAAUCUGAAUGAACUGCAUGAAACUACAAUGGAGCAGCUGUUUCCUCGGAAGUGCACGUGGCUGUACAUUAUUAAUAAUACACUCAUGUCCUUGUCAGAAGGCAAAACCCUACAACUCUAUUCACACAAUCUAAUAGGUCUGUUUGAACACGCCAAAAAGCUCGGCCUAGCAUCUCAUAUCCAGACACACCGCUUCCCAGAUAGAAUAUUACCCAGGAAGUUUGCCCUCACUACAAAGAUCCCAGACACAAAGGGCUGCCACAAGUGCUGUAUUGUAAGGAACCCGUACACGGGACAUAAGUAUCUGUGCGGGGCGCUGCCGUCGGGCAUAGUACUGUUGCAGUGGUAUGAGCCCAUGCAGAAGUUCAUGUUAAUACGGCACUUUGACUUCCCCCUUCCAAGUCCACUGAAAGUAUUUGAAAUGCUGGUAAUCCCGGAGCAGGAAUACCCCAUGGUGUGUGUAGCCGUCAGCAAAGGUGUAGACCCAAAUCAAGUUGUACAGUUUGAGACCAUCAACCUGAGCUCCGCCUCCUCCUGGUUUACAAAGAUCGGUACAGAGGGUCACCAGAUUGAUGCUAUACAUGUAACCCAGCUGGAGAGAGACACAGUCCUGGUCUGCCUGGACCAUUAUGUGAAGAUCGUGAACCUUCAGGGAAAGCUUAAAUCAAGUCGAAAGCUGGCCUCUGAAUUGAGCUUUAAGUUUCAGAUUGAGUCUGUAGUGUGUCUGCAGGACAGUGUGUUGGCAUUCUGGAAGCACGGCAUGCAGGGGAAAAACUUUAAAUCUAAUGAGGUUACACAAGAGAUUUCUGAUGAAUCUAGAGUGUUCCGCUUGUUAGGAUCAGACAGGGUGGUGGUCUUGGAGAGUCGGCCAACGUCAAACCCAACCGCACACAGCAACCUGUACAUCUUGGCUGGGCAUGAAAACAGCUACUAGUCACUCCGCACUCCAGUGUUAGUACAACACAAAUGACAUAGGAAUUGAAAUUCCAUCAUAAACUGCUUCUCUUUGGGACACUCCUACCAUACAAGUUGUAUCGCAGGUCAACUUGUAAUUUUUUAUUUUUAUUAUUGUAUCUGUAUUAUUUGGUUAGAAUUCUUGUUUUAACUUUUUUUUGUUGUGUGUGUGUCGCUGGGAACAGCGUAUCUCCUGUCACCACUGUGUGGUGUUGGUUUUUAUUUGGUUGCUUAAUAAAAAGCUGUGACACACAGCCCCUUUAUCAGUGGAAGGGGGUGGGCAAAGGGUUAUGGAAGCAUUAAGGGGGUGCGUUGAAAUGUUCUCUCUUUUUUGUGCUAAAAUCAGGCUUUUCUAUUUGACACAACUGUAUCUUACCGCAGUGCCAUUUACUUGAAGAUAAGUAGAUCUGACAUCUCUAAAUAUAUACGCUUCAAUUAGCCCUUCUGCAAUUCUGCUCCCACAACCCCAUAAGCUAGAACACUCUGUUUCUCAUGGCAGGCCCAAGUAAGCUAGUUUUACCUAUGCUGUCUAAAGAUACCUCUUGGUAAUAAUUUGUUUAAUUUUCAUAGAAGAAACGCUAAUUAUUUAGGAGCUUAAGGGAAAGUAAAGGCUUGAUAUUUUGUGCGUAAUUAAAACUUUAGUUGGCCAAUCAUCAAACUCAGUUACGUACACCCGCCUUUAUGUGCCUUGCGACCAACAUUCGGAUAACUGCUGUACACAUUUUUAAAGGGACACAGCCUGGAUCCAAGCCACGCCCACAUUCUGCAGAAACUUCACACCGCCAACUCCAAUAGUCCAUUCCCCCUUUCCAGGUCCAAGUAUCGGGACUGGCCUGCCAAAGAUGGAGUUAUAGGGAUGUGUGGUUUCCCCUUACAGUGGAGUCAUUAAAACAUACACUGAUUUUGUGCCCACUGCCCAAUAAACCCAGACUGAGGUAUAGCCCAAUGUUGUGAUACUUUACUAAGCUGAUAUCCUGUAAGAUGGGCUCAUUUCUUACUGUCUGUGCCAAGUAAGUCACGCAGUGGGUCAGUUCAUAUCUAUCUAGGGAUUCGGUGCCUCUGUAGCCAACUCUUUGUAAGAUAAAACAUUUUAUUCUUAUUUAUUAAUAAUCAUCUGCUUGAGUGGGUAAUAUAUCUGCUAAUCAAUAGGACGUUUGCAGCGGAUUCUAUUUCUGUUUUGUACUGUUGUAUAGGGGAACUUUGUGUACUCGGUUUAGUGCUAGUGCCUUAUUAUCCUCAUUUUAAUGUAUUCUGAAUCCAUUUUACACAAAAUGGGCUUAAAAGGAGUAGACUCUCCUUAUUAGGGGAUUGCGUGUGCAUCGCCAAAACUGGAGCAAUUAUGUGGAAAAUUGCAUGUGUAUGUAUAUAUAUAUAUAUAUAUAUAUAUAUAUAUAUAUAUACACACACAAAACACAUCAAGCGGGGUUUUACAACAAACUUGUCUUUUUUCUUAGAUACAUGAUCCGACAGGGCCGACAACCCAGUAGGUCUGAAACGUUUUGUCGGACUGCUGUUGUAGUAUUGUUAUCUGGAUUCUCAGUAUAGGUAAUUUUGCAGACUGUAGGUUACAUACUAAAAUGCAACUUCUUAACUUGAUAAGAGAAUAACGGGGAUUUUGGGAAACCAUAGUUGUAUAACACAUUUGUAAUCCUUUAAUGAUUGCCCUUCCUAACCUAUGUACGCUCACGUAGAUUAGGAAGUGUUAUAGCAUUAAUCCUGUUUUGGAACGGUUAGCAAAAAAACAAGCUUGGUUUGUUUUUGUGGCCAAACUAUUUACCGUUGCCAAAAAAAAACUAUCUUGGCAUACUAUAAAGGGAUGUGUGUCAAUAUUGCCACUGAAACACUUUGGAAGGAAGUUUAACAACCAGUAUCAAAUUCAUUUUUAUCUGGACUCAUUUAGAAACUGAACAGUUUGUGCGCAUGUAAUGUUUCUUUAUGUGCUUCCUUAACUGCUAACGCAUUUGUUGCGGUCUUCGGAAAAACCCUCAUCAAAGCUUCCUAGCUUUCCAUGUUGGCGGUUGGUCCGGAAAAUGCGCAGGAUGAAGACCAUAGAAUUGUCACAUUAUUGUGCAACCUGCUAAUACUUUCAGACACUCCAGAUCACAUUGUUUUGUUUUUGCCCUAAAAGAUGCUUUAACUGUUUCAUAAGGGGUACGGGACGCUAUACAUGUGGUGUUGAUGUCUGCAGAUUCUGCCGUUAUGUUUGAUUCUUGCAGCACGUAUAAUAUCUGCAGUAGUCUCUUAUCCAAAUACAUUUACAACAAUUGCACAAAACCAUUUUAACCAAAGUACCUGUUAUGUGUUUUGUUUUUUUACUGAACAUUGCCUUGUUUACCAGUGCCUGUAAUAACAAUGACACAAAGCCCAUCAAUAGAUAUGUAUGGGAACACUUUCCCUUUCUAAAAAACAAAAGAUCACCAAAGGAUUCCAGCAAAACUCCAUUUUUAAGGUAUCUCCAAUGUAUGUACUGUUUAUUGCCAAGGAUUGUUUUACAUGUGUCUGAGAUUUUGGAAAGUGAAAAACUGAAAUAAAGUAUGCUAAUGUUA